CUGGCGGCUGGGCGAGCCCGGCGUCUGCUGCAGCGGCGGCGGUGGCGGAGGAGGCCCGACAGGACUUGGUGGCGGCGGCGGCGGCGGCACCGGCAGCAGCAGCUACGAGCUCUCUGUGUCGCGGCGCUGCCGCACGAGCCCCACGAGCCUCCCACCCCGCCGCCCUCCGCGCUGCCUGAUCCCGCCGGCGUGCCCGCCAGCCGCCAGCUCCGGCAGCGCCCCCAGUCGUCCUCCGACUUGCCCUCGGCCUUCCUCGCCAGCCGCAGCCGCAGCCGCAGCCGCAACCGCAACGCCACCCGCAGCCUCAGCCCCGGCCAUAGACAUAGCUACCCGCCCAACCCCGGCCCCAGCUCUUGCUGCAGUUCCUCCAGACACAGUCCCUGCGCCGACACCCUAGGGGUUGGGAUGCUCUUGUCCAAAAUCAACUCGCUUGCCCACCUGCGCGCCGCGCCCUGCAACGACCUGCACGCCACCAAACUGGCGCCGGGCAAGGAGAAGGAGCCCCUGGAGUCGCAGUACCAGGUGGGCCCGCUACUGGGCAGCGGCGGCUUCGGCUCGGUCUACUCAGGCAUCCGUGUCGCCGACAACUUGCCGGUGGCCGUCAAGCACGUGGAGAAGGACCGGAUUUCCGACUGGGGAGAGUUGCCCAAUGGCACCCGAGUCCCCAUGGAAGUGGUCCUGCUGAAGAAAGUGAGCUCGGGCUUCUCCGGCGUCAUUAGGCUCCUGGACUGGUUCGAGAGGGCCGACAGUUUCGUGCUGAUCCUGGAGAGGCCCGAGCCUGUGCAAGACCUCUUUGACUUUAUCACGGAGAGGGGGGCCCUGCAGGAGGAGCUGGCCCGCAGCUUCUUCUGGCAGGUGCUGGAGGCCGUGAGGCACUGCCACAACUGCGGGGUGCUCCACCGCGACAUCAAGGACGAGAACAUCCUCAUCGACCUCAAUCGCGGCGAGCUGAAGCUCAUCGACUUCGGGUCGGGGGCGCUGCUCAAGGACACGGUCUACACGGACUUCGACGGGACCCGAGUGUAUAGUCCUCCAGAGUGGAUUCGCUACCAUCGCUACCACGGCAGGUCGGCGGCUGUCUGGUCUCUGGGGAUCCUGCUGUACGAUAUGGUCUGUGGAGAUAUUCCUUUUGAGCAUGAUGAGGAGAUCAUCAGGGGCCAAGUUUUCUUCAGGCAGAGGGUCUCUUCAGAGUGUCAGCACCUCAUCAGGUGGUGCUUGGCCCUGAGACCAUCAGAUCGGCCAUCCUUCGAAGAAAUCCAGAACCAUCCAUGGAUGCAAGAUGUACUUCUGCCCCAGGAAACAGCUGAGAUCCAUCUCCACAGCCUGUCACCAGGGCCCAGCAAAUAGCAGCUUUUCUGGCAGGCCUUCCCCUCCCUGUCAGAUGCUCGAGGGAGGGGAAGCUUGUUUUCAGCUUCCUGAGUACCAGUGACACUUCUCGCCAAGCAGGACAGUGCUUGAUACAGGAACAACAUUUACAACUCAUUCCAGACCCAAGGCCCUGGAGGCUGCCUCCCAACAGUGGUGGGGAGAGACUUCACUCCAGGCAUCCUAGGCCUCAACUCCUCCUGUAGAUGCUCUUUCCUUCUCACAGGGGUCCAGCAUUGCUGGACUCUGCAAAUUCCUGGGGGUGGGGGGUGGGAGUGGGUCAGAACCCUGCCAUGGAACUGUUCCCUUCAUCACGAGUUCUGCUGAACGCCGCGGUGGGUCGGGUAGGGGGAAAUAGGUUGGGGUGGGAUAGGACUAGCACCAUUUUAAGUCCCUGUCACCUCUUCCGACUCUUCUGAGUGCCUUCUGUGGGAACUCCGGCUGUGCUGGGAGAAAUACUUGAACUUGCCUCUUUUACCUGCUGCUUCUCCAAAAAUCUGCCUGGGUUUGGUUCCCUCUUUUUCUCUCCCAUCCCCCUCCCCCCAUCCUUCACAUGAAAGGUGCCAUGGAAGAGGCUGCAGGGCCAAACACUGAGCCACCUGCCCUUAUUCUGCCUCCUUUAGUAAAACCGAGUGAACUGGUCUUCCUUUUUGGUUUUUACUUAACUGUCUCAAAGCCAAGACCUCACACACACAAAAAUGCACAAACAAUGCAAAUCAACAGAAAAACUGUAAAUGUGUGUACAGUGGCAUGGUAGUGUAUAAAAGAAUUGUAGUUGAUCUAAUUUUUUAAUUUUGCCUUUAAGUUAUUUUACUUUUUUUUUUUUUGAAAGAUGCGCAUUCUAACCUGGAGGUCAACAUUAUGUAUUUAUUUAUUUAUUUAUUUGGUUCCCUUCCCACUCCAAGCUUCCACAGCUGCUGCCAUUGUUUUCUUUCCUCCUUUCCUCCUCUGACUUGGGGACCUCUCUGGGGAGGGCUACAACGCCUGCUCUGUUGGUAGGGUGACGGGACUUAGGCGGGACAGCUGCUGCGACUCCCUCACUGCUGCAGGGCCCCUUGCCUGCUUUACCCAUGUGGGUGUGGGUUCUGCGGGUGGCUGGGAGGCGUGUUGCUGACUUGUGUAUAUAGGGUAGGUAUAUGAAAAGCAGUUCUGGAUGGUGUGCCUUCCGGAUCCUCUCUGGGGCUGUGUUUUGAGCAGCAUGUAGCCUGCUGGUUUUAUCUGAGUGAAAUACUGUACAGGGGAAUAAAAGAGAUCUUAUUUUUUUUUUUUUUAUACUUGGCGUUUUUUGAAUAAAAACUUUUUGUCUUAA